AUGCCCAUGCCCGCUGAUUUGCUCGACGGCGGCCUCUGGAGACGCGAGACCUGGGAGAGGAGGACCACUGCCGAGCGACUGGAACUCUGGCCGCACGCGUCCAAGGCGAUGGGCAUAGACUGCCCGAAGCUCGAAUUGGCCACCUUCUACUACCCCACUCUUGGCAUCUCGAUCCGCGGCGUCCGGGCAACCGAAAACAUCCGAUCAGCAGAACUGGUGUGCCGCGUGCCAAAGCUCAGCUUGUUGAGUGCCUUUACAAUCCAGAACUCGAGCCUCUCCCCGCUCAUCAACGAAGUCGGCCUGCGCAGUGCAAUGGCUGUUUUUUUGAUCCGCGAGUCUGCUCGCCGCGAGUCCUUUUGGAUGCCUUACGUAAAGGCACUGCUCGAGGCACACCCGACGGACGGCAUCCCGCAGAUGUGGGACCCCGUGACCUCUCAGGAGCGGCUGAAUUCGCUCUCCAACUACAGCCGGAGUCUGGCAGCCUCGUCGCGGGCGUCGACCGAGGCGGAGUGGCGGCGCCUUGCCGCGGUGGGGUUCCGCCGUCACGCUGCCGCAUUAAGCGAGGGCGGAGUCUGCGGCGCCGGCGUAUGCACCCACGAGCAGCUAAUGCGGGAGACGUUCAGCUUGGAGCGCUUUCGCAACCUGGUGAGCGUGCUCGGGGCUCGCCAGUGGAGCCUUCCCUGGUACUCGCCCGGCACCCAUAUCCUCUUUAGUGCGCCCGGCGCCGACUUGCUCAACCACGGUUCACCCGGCGACGUCAAGAAUCGAUUCCGCGCGAACGAGCACGCCUUCACAAUGCACGCGAAGCGUCUGCUCCGCAAGGGCGAGGAGGUCCGCAAGUUCUACUCCCCGACGUGUUGUGAGAGGUACCUCAACGCGUUUGGUUUCGCGCCGGUCGGCGUCGCCCAGUGCCCGUCGCAUGCGCCGCAAGGCCCAAACCCGUGCUAUUGGCGGCCCGGAUCCCCACGGCCGCGCGCGCUGGGCGUGGAAUAG